UUAAAAGAGCAAUCUCUUAUUUAAAUACUAGGUAUAUCCGUUACUUUUAACUCCCUAGUGUAACACUUAGUUCAAUCUUCAAGGUCAGCUUUAAAGAUCGUGAUUUAAAUGUUAAAAAGUAAAUUGUUCCCUGUCCUUUUUUUUUUAUAUUUUCACAAUGACCCAGCAAGAUUAGCGGUAUGAAGCGAUUAAAUUUAAAACAGGUGACCCUAAGUAGAAAAUACUGAGCAGAGACUGAAAAAAGGGUAAUAUCGGCAAUUAAUGGCUACAUGUCCGCGAAGAACAACUGUGUCGAUGUGCUAUACAGUUCUGUUGUCAAAAAAGAAUGAAAUGGAUAUCAAAAUCUAGGAUGACAAUCACAAAAACGAAAUGAGAAGCUUAACUGAACACUUUUUUUGUUGAAAAAAAGCUAACGCCGGACCAUGUUGAGCUUUGUCAUUCUCCUGUUCUGUUUUUCAACACUUUCAACAGCACUUCCUGCAGACGUAGUGAAAAACCUGACAAAACAGCUAUUUGAGACCAAUGCCUACGACAACACACUAAGACCGGCUAACGAUCAGAUGUCACCCACCGAUUUGAAGGUGUCAUUCUACCUGAGCAGUCUCAACAAGCUGGACGAACUGGAGGAAAAACUUAUCACCACGGCCUACCUGACGCUGGAAUGGAAGGACGAGUUCCUCACGUGGGACCUAACGUCAUUUCCGGUGCCCCGUAUAACAAUUCCACAAAGCAAAGUUUGGAAGCCAGACUUCGUUUUGAAGAACGGCUUUACCGAGUUUAAAGAGCUCGGUGGUUCUUUCUAUAACGUCCUGCUAUCAUUUGACGGGACGAUAAUGUGGAAACCCUAUCAAGUGUUUGAGUCCCAGUGCUCCAUUGACGUCACAUAUUUCCCAUUCGAUAUUCAGACGUGUGAGAUUGAUUUCACCUUGUGGACGUCCUUUGGAUUUCAGGUUACUUUAAACUCGUCGAGUACCAAUGUUGAGAUGGGACGCUACAAAACUAAUAGCGUCUGGGAAAUCUCCUCCACCUCACAGAUUAUAGAUAACACAGGAAUAAGCAGCAUCGUCACCUACACUCUCAAUCUGAAAAGAAAACCCGAUUUCUACGUGGGAAACCUCGUCAUGCCGAUCCUGUUUUUGGGGAUUCUGAACCUCUUGGUCUUUGUUAUACCUGCUGAUGCCGGAGAGAAGAUGUCGUACUGCAUCACCGUGGCUCUAGGGUUCAUUGUGUUCUUAACAAUCAUCAGCUCCGCGCUUCCCGCCAAUUCGGACAAUACUCCAUACCUAUCAACAUACCUACAGAUUCAGAUAUUUUUGGGAGGCAUGGCGCUUGUCAUCUCCGCAAUACAAUUGAGACUGCGCCAUAAACCAGAAGAUCAAGAAGUUUAUAAGCCACUAAAAAUACUCGUCAAACUGUCAAUGGGCAGGUAUUUUAAAGCUCGGGAGGAGGAGCCAAAUACGGACAAAGUGAUUCCUAUAGAAGGGUUGACUGAUCAAAGCAUGGACGCGAACAAAGAACAGAUAUCUUGGAAUGACGCCUCGUCCGCCAUCGAUUUUGUGAUGUUCUGGAUUUACGUAUUUGUGUAUUGCAUAAGUUCCAUUGCUAUCAUGGCUAUUUUGACAAAAUAAUAUAAAAGAAACUUUUAUUUUAGUAAGAAAAACUAGAAAAUGAGGAGAGGUACAUAGUUUGAUGUCUCUAUUGUGUAUAUUCAUCUUUUAAAUAUUACCAUUAUUCUUCAAUAUUAAAGAAACAAAUAACUGAA